CCACGGUCACGGCAUUACGUCAUCAGGAUGCGCUGGGGAGCGGAAGUGACGCGUUUGUCCCGCGCUGGCUGGCGCUGCAGCCUCUCUCCUUAGUCUCCGGCGGCGGGCGGUGCUGGCGUUCGUUCUGACUCAAAUGGGUGAUGAAAAGGAUUCUUGGAAAGUGAAAACUUUAGAUGAAAUUCUUCAGGAAAAAAAACGAAGGAAGGAGCAAGAAGAGAAGGCAGAGAUAAAACGCAUUAAAAAUUCUGAUGAUCGGGAUUCAAAACGGGAUUCCCUUGAAGAGGGGGAGCUGAGAGAUCACCGUAUGGAGAUAACAAUCAGGAAUUCACCUUACAGGAGAGAAGAUUCUAUGGAAGAUAGAGGAGAGGAGGAUGAUUCCUUGGCUAUCAAACCACCACAGCAAAUGUCACGGAAGGAAAAAGCACAUCACAGGAAAGAUGAGAAGAGGAAAGAGAAACGUAGACAUCGUAGUCAUUCAGCAGAAGGAGGGAAGCAUGCCAGGGUAAAAGAGAAGGAACGUGAGCAUGAACGUAGGAAAAGACAUCGAGAAGAGCAGGAUAAGGCUCGACGUGAAUGGGAAAGGCAGAAGAGGAGGGAAAUGGCUAGGGAGCAUUCCAGGAGGGAGAGGGAUCGUCUAGAGCAGCUUGAGCGAAAACGAGAACGGGAGAGAAAAAUGCGAGAGCAACAAAAAGAGCAAAGGGAACUAAAAGAACGGGAAAGGCGAGCUGAAGAAAGGCGCAAGGAACGGGAGGCCAGACGAGAAGUUUCUGCACAUCAUAGAACAGUGAGGGAAGAUUAUGGAGACAAAGUAAAAAUAAGAACCUGGAGUCGCAGCCCAUUACGACAGCAAAGAGAGAAGCUUGAGCAAGGAGAUGGCAGGAAGCCAGUAAAAGAGGAGAAAACAGAGGAAAGAGACCUGCUUUCAGAUUUGCAAGACAUCAGUGACAGUGAGAGAAAAACUAGCUCAGCAGAGUCUUCGUCGGGAGAAUCUGGAUCUGGUUCAGAGGAAGAGGAGGAGGAAUCUAGCAGUGGAGAAUCAGAAGAGGAGGAGGAAGAAGAAGAAGAGGAGGAGGAGGAGGAAGAGGAGGAGGAGGAGGAGACAGGAAGCAAUUCUGAGGAAGUGUCUGAACAGUCAGCUGAAGAGGUGAGUGAAGAAGAAAUGAGUGAAGAAGAAGAGCGAGAGAAUGGAAAUCACAUUCCAAUUGUUACAGAGUCAAGGUUUGAUCGAGAUUCAGCUGGAAGUGAAGGAGAAGAGGAGGAAGUGGGGGAGGAGACCCCACAUUCCAAUGCAAUGACAGAAGGAGAUUAUGUUCCUGAUUCUCCAGCUUCAUCACCCAUUGAGUUGAAACAAGAGCUACCCAAGUACCUUCCUGCACUGCAGGGAUGUCGUAGUGUGGAGGAAUUUCAGUGUUUGAACAGGAUUGAAGAAGGAACAUAUGGUGUGGUGUACAGGGCAAAAGACAAAAAAACUGAUGAAAUUGUGGCUCUGAAGCGACUGAAAAUGGAAAAGGAAAAAGAAGGCUUUCCCAUUACCUCUCUACGAGAAAUAAACACCAUUCUGAAAGCACAGCACCCAAAUAUAGUCACUGUUAGAGAAAUUGUUGUGGGCAGUAAUAUGGAUAAAAUCUAUAUCGUAAUGAAUUAUGUAGAACAUGACCUCAAGAGUCUGAUGGAAACCAUGAAACAGCCAUUUUUACCAGGUGAAGUGAAAACUUUGAUGAUUCAGUUAUUACGUGGAGUCAAGCACCUUCAUGACAACUGGAUACUUCAUCGGGACUUAAAGACCUCCAACCUGCUGCUGAGUCAUAAAGGCAUUUUAAAAGUUGGAGAUUUUGGACUGGCCCGAGAGUAUGGGUCACCUCUGAAGCCUUAUACACCUGUAGUUGUGACACUAUGGUACAGGGCACCAGAGCUGUUACUUGGCGCCAAGGAAUACUCCACUGCAAUAGACAUGUGGUCAGUAGGUUGUAUAUUUGGAGAACUGUUAACUCAAAAACCGCUGUUUCCAGGAAAAUCAGAAAUUGACCAGAUUAACAAAGUUUUUAAGGACCUGGGUACCCCGAGUGAGAAAAUCUGGCCUGGGUACAAUGAGCUGCCAGCUGUAAAGAAGAUGACAUUCACAGAGUAUCCCUAUAACAACUUGCGCAAGAGGUUUGGGGCACUCCUUUCUGAUCCAGGUUUUGAUCUCAUGAACAAGUUCUUGACAUACUAUCCAGGCAGAAGAAUCACUGCUGAAGAUGGUUUGAAGCAUGAGUAUUUCCGAGAGACUCCCCUUCCUAUUGACCCGUCCAUGUUUCCAACCUGGCCAGCAAAAAGUGAACAACAAAGAGUUAAGCGUGGCACAAGCCCCCGACCUCCAGAGGGAGGACUUGGGUAUAGUCAAUUGGGUGAUGAUGAUCUGAAAGAUACAGGUUUUCACCUGACUACCACAAAUCAAGGAGCAUCGGCAGCAGGACCUGGCUUCAGCCUCAAGUUUUAAACUUAAUAUGAGGAGGGAAAAAGACAGAGCUUUGACUUCAACCAUGCUGUUGAUUAAUGGAUUUCAAAGUGCUCCAGUUUUGUUCUUCGCAUCAGGAAGACUCUUUUACACAGAAAUAGCCAGAUGUCAUCUUGCUGGGUGUGGAAUAUAACUGCUGCAUUUCAUUCAGGGGACUGGAAUGAAUGAAUCUGAAAAGCCAAGGAUCAUUACAAAAAUUCAAAAAGGAAAACUUGAAGUACAAUCUCGGAACUGGUUUUGUUUUUUUACUUUUUAAUUUUUUUUGCUUGUAAAUUUGUAGAAUUAAAAUCCAUUUUUAAUUGUU